GGCAACGCCAAGAACGGCAAAUCGAGGCCGGGAUUGAAGUGCGGCAAUCCAGCAACCAAACCCCUUCCAUCGCCAUGGCCUACACCGAGCCCCUCCUCCUCUCCGCGCGCCACACCACCCAAACCUCCCCGCGCCACCACCUCCUCCGCUCCCGCCACGCCGCCGCCGCCGCCGCUGACGGUCGUAUGGUUGUCGCCGUGCAGGACGACGAGACCGGCGCGCUCGUCGCCGCUGUUGGCAAGGGCGAUGAGGAUGACGACGACGACGACGCUGUCGCCGGGGAGGAGGACGAGGACGAGGACGACGCGCCCGUGGUUCGAACCGCGCGCGGGGCGUGGGAGGUGUUCGCGGCGGAGUCGCGGCGGCUGUGGGCGAUCGGCGCGCCCAUCGCCUUCAACGUCAUCUGCCUCUACGGCACCAACUCCACCACGCAGAUCUUCGUCGGCCACAUCGGCAACCGCGAGCUCUCCGCCGUUGCCAUCGGCCUCUCCGUCGUCUCCAACUUCUCCUUCGGCUUCCUCCUCGGCAUGGGGAGCGCGCUGGAGACGCUGUGCGGGCAGGCGUUCGGGGCGGGGCAGGUGGCCAUGCUGGGCAUCUACAUGCAGCGCUCGUGGAUCAUCCUCGCCGCCUCCGCCGCGCUGCUCUCGCCGCUCUACGUCUUCGCGGGGCCCAUCCUGCGGCUGCUGGGGCAGGAGGAGAGCAUCGCCGCCGCCGCGGGGGAGUUCACGGUGCGGAUCAUCCCGCAGAUGUUCGCGCUCGCCAUCAACUUCCCCACGCAGAAGUUCCUCCAGGCGCAGAGCAAGGUGACGGUGCUGGCCUGGAUCGGCUUCGCGGCGCUCCUCGCCCACGUCGGCCUCCUCGCCCUCUUCGUCUCCGCGCUCGGCUGGGGCAUCGCCGGCGCCGCCGCCGCGUACGACGUCUCCUCCUGGCUCACCGCGCUGGCGCAGGUGGCCUACGUCGUCGGCUGGUGCCGCGACGGCUGGACGGGCCUGUCCCGCAAGGCGUUCAACGAGCUCUGGGCCUUCGUCAAGCUCUCCCUCGCCUCCGCCGUCAUGCUCUGCCUCGAGAUAUGGUACAUGAUGGUGCUCGUCGUCCUCACCGGUCACCUCGACGACGCCGAGAUCGCCGUCGACUCCAUAUCUAUAUGUAUGAAUAUAAAUGGAUGGGAGGGGAUGCUGUUCAUAGGGCUGAACGCGGCGAUCAGCGUGCGGGUGUCGAACGAGCUCGGGUCGGGGAGGCCGAGGGCGACGAUGCACGCGGUGGUGGUGGUGCUGGUGCAGUCGCUGGCGUUCGGGCUGCUGGCGAUGGUGCUCAUCCUCGCCACGCGCAACCACUUCGCCGUCAUCUUCACCGGAGACAGGCACCUGCAGAAGGCGGUGGCCAACAUCGCCUACAUGCUCGCCGUCACCAUGGUGCUCAACAGCAUCCAGCCCGUCAUCUCAGGUGUGGCGGUCGGCGGCGGAUGGCAGGGAGUGGUGGCGUACAUUAAUCUGGCGUGUUACUACGGCUUCGGCCUCCCUCUCGGCUUCAUAUUUGGCUACCUCUUCAGAUGGGGUGUGAAGGGCAUUUGGGCUGGCAUGUUGUGUGGGACGGCAAUGCAGACGGCCAUCCUCAUGUACAUGGUCUGCAAAACUGACUGGGAAGCAGAGUCAGUGCAAGCGUUGGAGAGGGUUAGAUUAUGGGGAGGGCAGCCGGAGCACGAGAAGCUUCCGACGUCAGAGCCGGAGGAGACGAUCAUCUAGAUAGACAUGCCUCCAAUUUUUCAUUUCAUUUUUUUUUGCUACCGCUGUUGCUGUUUAAUUAGCUAGGAGGUUAGUUCAUAGGUGAGAGUAUCCAUGGAAGAGAAGGGGAUUGAGGAGUGAGAUUUUUUUUAGGCUUUUGUGAAUCGGCUAGCUUGCAGUCACACUGCGCAUAUGUGUAGGAUUAGUGAUAGGCCGCAACUAAGAUGGUUAACUAAUUAAUCAUUAGGCUCGAUCAGUAUGGUUUCUUGUACACUGUUAAUUAGUCCGUUACUAGUCAUACACUUGUGACAAAUUCUGUACCGAUUGCUCAUUCUUUGCACUGGA